AUGGAUGGUGCUGUGGCAUUAUCCCAGAAAUUGGACCGCCUCCGGUGCAUCUCUGACAACAGAGAGGUGAGUGCUGACGAUGCAAAAGGGGUCAAUCGAUUAAUGGAGGCGAAGAAAGCGUCCACUUCACAGGAGUCUUCUUUCUGGGGGACCUCUGGUCUCAACCCUUUAGGGGCUGCAUCUAAAGCAGUUACUACGUAUGCCCGUGAAGCGGCUAUUUCAAUGCUGCCGACAUGGACCUUACCGACACUCAAGGACUCUCUCAGUGAUGUAAGUCUUGAGCAACUUGUCCGGCUAAUUUCUUUAACGUACAAGAAGGAUCCCUCAUUGGGAACCAUUCAAGCACAUAAGUCUAUCAUUGAUGGAUUUGUGCGCGACCAGCAAAUGCUUCUACCGCGAGCAGUGCGAAGUUCCUACAAUGAGGGACCAGCCAGCAAUGACUUCAACUAUUCUGUCGCAGCGUUGCCUGGUGCAGUAACUGCCAGCGACGAGCAACUGCACAAUUUGCCAUUGCGUGCACGUGUCAUUGUCGAGACUUUUCGGGCCGAAAACUGGAAAUUCUUUGAGCUAACACAGCAGGAACAGCUAUUUGAGGCAUCGGACAUUUUUUCUUGCUGGUACCAGCCCCUAAAUGCAUCUGAGAUAGACCCCUCUGUUACAAACCCUCUUCCGUUCCCGCAAAUGGACAUCUACCCGCGUCUUUUACUCCUUCUCACCCUUGUUUCUAUGAAAAUAAAGCUAAGCGAAGGGUUUUUCGCGUUCUUCCUUUCUCCUCGCGUGGUCGACAUGGUGGAGACCCUAUUCUGGCUCGUUCACUCUGUUGUCUUUAGUCCCAAGAGUACCAGUAUUCCAGCGUCUGAAGUCAUGCGUACUAUGCAUCCUAAUUUGUACAAUAGCUCCAGAUUUUGCCGAACAACUCACGACAGCAAUGAGGACAGCAUCUCGGACUCUAAGGUAGAGCAAUCUGCCGAUUCAACGCUUGGCGGUCUGCUUCCAAAACGACCAAGUUAUGCAGAACCAGUCACAUCAAGCAAUGCCCCGCCAUCGCGAGCAGUCGUGGGGCUCGAUGGCCGUGUUCAUUACAAGCCUCUCCGGCUUCCACCUCAUCUCCGUCCCAUGGAGCUAAACUUAAAUAGUCAAGACUACUUAAGGAAUCGCUUCGUGGAUGCGUUUGUUGCUAUCGAGCGUAACUGGAUUGGCUGCCGCUCCUCUGACAAGGAGAAAGCAGUUGAAAUGCUGCCCUAUGUUAUUAGUUCUGCAGUUAUUCGCGGCUUCUUCCGGUGCUUUCCUGUUUACUCUCAUAUCUUUAGCGUUAAGUUUAGACUCUCUAUAUAUGAAAAUGUUAUCUACUAUCUAACAGGUGUACCACCAUAUAUAGAUAUUUUGCAAGAUAUACGCAAGAGCUAUUUUCCUACAGAGCCUUACACGGUCGAAUCUUUUUUACAAUAUUUUCCAAAGAACACGGCAACUCUUAUCAACGUGCAAACCAUAAAUGGAUAUAGUAGUCCCAAAGAUAUAAUGCUAGGAAGGUAUCGCAAUUUCUCCUACACCCCUUUUGUAGACAAUCUCCUCCUCGUCUCAAAAACUCAUGAUAGAACUCUUCGAGCCACAUGCACAGUCGGAGAACAAGCUGCGGCAAAGGAAUCGGCUCUAAAGCCCAUUGAAUUCGACAUUGUUCUCUUUCCAGAGGCUGAAAAGAACACAGAUUUUCUUUUUAACAUCUCUCAAUCCGCAGUUAGGAAUCGGAGUGUAAGCCCUGUGCCAAGUAUGCAACAUUAUCAUGAUGCAUCUUUGAACCUGUCUGAAUAUCCCACUGGAAGAACUACCCUAUCUACAUACCCCUUUCUCAUUGAGAUUCCAACCACAGCAGCUUCAUGUAAAAGGGAAGAGUGUCAAGCAGAAGUACUUUCUGCAGGAUGCAAGAACCGUAGUGAUGAUUCUAUGAGUGCAAGGACCGCAUUUAGUACUGACACAGUUGAAAACGAGAACAUUCUGGUGACAGGAACCAAACAAGCAGCUCAGUUCUCCGGUUACGGACAAUCUGGUCUCAGUCACCUCAAUGCAGAAGAAGCACGAGUUAAUAAGCAUAAGAUUGUUAAAAGCACUCUGUCACAGUUGGAUCAGGUGGACUCGAUUCUUCGUCAUGGUCGGCAAUCAUGUGCAUUCAGAACCGAAGACAGAGUGCGGGUGAACAGUGAGGCUGUACCAGAAAAUGGCCCAUCAAAGAAGCAGGAGAAUGUUAAUUUAGACGCUGCAAUUGAGAAGGUAUCCAGUUAUGGAAUUUCUUCUUUGGAGAGUAUUCCAGAGCUAAAGCGGGCCUCUAUUUCAAGUAUUAUUUUGAGAGGAGAUGUAGCAGGAGAAGAUCCUGCAGCAGAACAACAAUCUACACAGCCAGGAUCCCUUCAUACUUUGCUGAAGAACCAUGAUAUCGAAGCUAUAUCAGUAGUUGGAUCACAGCCUCAAUGUGAUUCUACUGUUGACAGAAUCUCUUUAGAUACGUAUCAGAAGACGCAUAGCAUGUCUGUAGAUAAUACAUUUCUCAUACGACUCAAUCGAAAGUUGCAUAUCAAUUCAAAUCCGAAGAUUGAAGGGAUUUUGGGUACUGAGUUAGUCACUUCAGGCGAUGUGGUGCUGGUAGAAAAUGAUGACGAGUACAUGAAGCACGUGAGCAAUGCCAUGAACGAUGCUAUGCAUCCAGAGAAUUUCAAUCACGCCGCUCGUGAACAUAAGCCUCUCAACAAAGUAGGGUCCAUCGCGUCUCCAUCUGCAUCAAGGGCAGGAUCACCGGGAUAUCGAGCAGAACAGAUCAUAAAGCUACUUCCGCGCACGACUGAUACGUCGCGUAAGGACACAAUUGAGAAGCUUCUUGGAAAUCCCCUGGGGAUAGCGCAUCAGAAGAUAGCGACGACUAGGGUGACACCCGUGAUGGUCAGAUACCUAACAAUUACAGGUGCUCCUGCGGCUUCUGAUUUCUCGUCCUAUAUUAGGGACUCUGCAUUUCUUGAUCCAUCACUAGGACAGUCUGAUGCACUCAAGCGCAUAACAAAUCGACGUGCUGGGCGCCCUACACAGAGCUCCUGUGCAUCUAUUGAUAAGGAAAUAAGCAUAGUUAGGCGUACACGAAACGAUCCGUGGAAUAAGGCAGAUGUUAUCAGUUAUGAAGCCGGGAUUGAAAAGCGGCAAUUUGAGGCACCUGAAGACAGUGAAGCAGCGUUGUCGGCUCAAGAUACACGAGUAACUAUAGACCAAAAAGGUGUACUAUAUCCUACGCGAGGACGAGUGGAGUCACCUGUUCGCAAAGAAUCAUUGAGUGGUGUUUGCAACGAACGUCUAAGUCCCAAUAGAUUCCACUUACAGUAUGAAGCGGCAAAGAAAAAACUUAAGCGGCAGGCAGCAGAUGACGCGAAGAAACAUAAGGCUGAAAUGGUGGAGUUAGAGGUUCAAAAGGAGCUGUUUCUCAACAAGGCCUUGAAAGGUGGAGGUGCGCGAACAGCUGCACUAUCAAGAGCACUUGUGGAGGGCGACGCAAAAGACAAGAAAAAGGAUGAAGAGGGCUUUAUCUCAUAUCACAGCAAAGACAAUGCAAUGGUGGCAUUUCUUACGUUUCGGUCUGACCUACAGAAAAACCUACACGAUCUUGAGGUUGCAGAGCAGCUUAGUCAAAAGGUUAAGCAGCGUGAGGAAGCCCGCAAGGCGAUGGCCAGAAAAAUGCAGGCGAAUGAAGACAGCCUCAAGUUUUUAGCAAAAAAGGCCGAAGCUCCUCUGCUUCUUUGGCCAAUCAAUCCAAUGAAUAAAAAUAAAAUUAAUGAUUCUACGUCAGUGGAGGUAGACAUGGAUGGACGCGGGGCAGACUUACGUGACUUAGACUUUCAAAGUUAUCAGGACAUUGCACGGGGAGAACCUUCUGGUGGCCCCACUCUCGACAUUCGGAAUCCACCACGGCUACUCACGAAAAUAAGUCAUUCGCCAUUGAAAUUUACUUGA